CUCAGUCGAUAAUUGGUUGGGGAGCACCAGUUUCUCGAUGCAGGCCGGCUCGCAGCAGCCGGAGGCACCGCUCUCCCAGUCAUCGCCAAUGGGUCGCAGGUAUGCAAGUAUCAUCUGCUGGGCUUUUGGUUAGCUGCUUCAACAUUGCAAAUUAGUAAGAUGUGUUUGUUUCUGUUAGUUGGACAUGUGUAGUAAACUGGAGUCAGUAAACUGUAUAGCUCCGUCAAUUUCAAUUCAAUUCAUGAGCACUUAUUUGUGCAGUUUGGCUGACCAGAAGUGGGAUAUAUGGUUUCGUUUAGAAGGAAGAAACCCUGUGAAAAGGGGUAUAUUUGAGUCAGAUAUUUCUUUGCUUACUCUACAAUCACUCAUUGCUAGUGAAGGGUAUGGGGACAGUGAUUACAUGUACUAUGUGAAGGAGGAGGAAAUUGGAUCUGACAGAGUAAAGUAUUUAGGUAAUGAAGCUAGUGUUCAUGAAAUGUUGGACUUUUUUCAUCAUGUCAAGCUAGUCAACAUAAGGGUUGUGAGAAAUGUUGAACCUGGAAUUAGUACACAGGCUAAUGAGAAUUACAUGAACACUCAAGAGAGCUGCUGUGUGAAAAAGGUUGUGGAGCAAUCUGAGCUUCAGAAUCAGAUAGAUGAUAGAAAGGCUCAGCUUGAGAGGAGCAGGAUUCAAAGAGAGGCAGAUUUGAACCACUUUGAAGGAGACACUGAAGUGUCUGAAUCUUGUUCUGAGGAUUCAGUUCAUUCAGAUGGGAGUGCUGAAGUUGUUCAACCAAUGGAAAUAGUGUGUGUCUCUGAAGAGGAUACAACAUUGCAAACUACUGCUAUUGUCAAACAUGUGAAGAAUCCUGGUCCAACUAGCAGAUGUCACAAAGAGGUAGAGAAAAAACGUUUUGAAGAUUGGUUUCCUGAAGCAGAUGAGUUUUGUUUUGCUGGUGAUGCAGGCAUAAGUGAUGAGGAAGAAGUAGAUGAUGUUGAACUACCAUACCUCAUGAAGAAGCCAAACACAAAGAGUAGUAAGAAAAAGAUGAAGGAAAGGCUAUAUUUUGACCCCUCAAUUCCCAAUUCACAUUUACUCUUGUGCAAGAACUUGUGUUUUGAUAGUGUUUACCAGUUCAGAGAAGCAUUAAGAGAUUUUCAUAUAAGGACUUUGAGAUCUUUUCACUACCACAGGAACACUCCAACAAGAAUUAUUGUUUGGUGUUCACAAAGAGAGCAUGGAUGUGAAUUUUACAUGUGUGCCUCUAGGAUAGCUCAUGAAAGAACAUUUUGCAUUAAGAAAUGUAACAUGGAGCACAUUUGUCCAGCAUCAGCAGAGAACACAAAGGUUACUACUAAGUGGCUUUCCAAAGCAGUUGAGCCUUCUCUUAGAGCAGAUCCUAGAGCACCUGUGGAUUCACUUAUUAAAAACAGCAAAGUCAAGUUUUCAGUUGAUGUAUCAAAGAGUGUGGCCUAUAGGGCAAGGAGGAAGGCUAUUAAGGUUGUACAAGGUGACCAGAAGGAGCAGUACUAUAGACUGAGGGACUACCUACAAGCAGUUCUUGACACAAACCCUGGUAGCAGGUGUGUAGUUACAACAUUUGAGGACCCAGAAAACCCUGCCCCAACACCUAGAUUUAAGUACAUGUUCUACUGCUUGCAUGCAUCAAAGCAAGGAUUUCUUAAUGGUUGCAGGCCCUUUAUAGGGCUUGAUGGUUGCUUCAUCAAGCUAACCACUGGACAGCAAAUACUUGCAGCCACAGGAAGAGAUGGCAAUAACAACAUCUACCCCAUAGCCUUUGGUGUGGUUGAUAAGGAAGAUUCAGAUAGUUGGACAUGGUUCCUAACCCAGCUAAGAUGUUGCAUUGGAAGUGGUAGCAAAUUUGGAACCUACACCAUUAUUUCUGACAGGCAAAAGUAUGCACCCUAUCUUAGCCACUAGUUCAGAUAUAUAUUGUUAUUAGUAGCUUUAUUUCCUUUUGUUCAUGACCAUGGUUAUAAAUUUACAAUCAGGGUCUU